AUGUACCAGAAGUCAAAAUCAGCAAUGAGGAACAAUACAGUAAUAACUUUCAUUCUGCUGGGACUGACAGAUGACCAACGGCUGCAGGUGCUGGUAUUUAUCUUUCUCUUCCUCGCGUACACAUUGAGUGUCACUGGGAAUCUGACUAUUAUCUCCCUUACCUUAGUCCAUUCUCAGCUGAGAACAGCCAUGUACUAUUUCCUACAGAACUUUGCUUUCUUGGAGAUCUCAUUUACAUCAGCUAGCAUUCCAAGAUAUUUGUAUAACAUAGCCACAGGUGACAAGAUGAUUACUUACAAUGCCUGUGCCACCCAAGUCUUUUUUACUGACCUCUUUGGUAUAACAGAAUUUUUUCUUCUGGCAGCCAUGUCCUAUGACCGCUAUGUGGCCAUCUGCAGGCCCCUGCAUUAUGUGACCAUCAUGAAUAGCACAGUGUGCAGAAGACUUGUCUUCUGUUGUUGGUUAGCUGGUUUGUUGAUCAUAAUCCCUCCACUUAGCCUAGGCCUAAAUCUGGAGUUUUGUGCUUCUAACACCAUUGAUCAUUUUCUCUGUGAUGCGUCUCCCCUCAUAAAGAUCGCUUGCUCAAAUACUUGGUUCAUGGAACAGACUGUUGUCAUCUGUGCUGUGCUGACUCUCAUUAUGACACUGAUGUGUGUAGUUCUGUCCUACAUUUAUAUCAUCAAAACAGUCCUAAAGUUCCCUUCUGCUCAGCAAAGGAAAAAGGCCUUUUCCACCUGCUCAUCCCACAUGAUUGUAGUGUCCUUCACCUAUGGCAGCUGCAUCUUCAUCUACAUCAAGCCUUCAGCAAAAGAUGAGGUGGCCAUUAACAAGGGGGUAAUGGUCCUCAUGACCUCCAUUGCCCCAAUGCUGAAUCCCUUCAUUUAUACACUGAGGAACAAGCAAGUCAAACAAGCUUUCAGCGACUCCAUCAAAAGAAUCAUCAUAUUUACCAAGAACUAA